AUAGCUUAAAGACAAUAAAUAACAAACAUAACCCAGUCCACUAAAGAGAAGACUCAGCUUUUUUUCCUGUUUCAAAGAUUUUCACAAUUUUUCCUGACACUGGCAUAAUGAAGAAAGAUGCAAUGAGUAGAGGAAAUGAUAUUGGUUAAGUGUUUUCUUAUCCAGUAAUUAUGCAUAAGUUGUGUAUGAAUUAUUUAAUUGAAUCAAAAGAAUGAUCCAAUGAUAACACUUACACAGUAGGUUGAAUAAGGAUACUCAAAAAAUGUAUAUGAGAUCACAAAGCUUGUAAACAGCUGAUCUAAAAUUUGUACUCAGGACUGACUGGUCCCAAAUUUGUGCACUUUCUCACUACAUAUUUCAAUACAAGGUAUAUGAAAUUCUAUUUGAAUUAGAUGUGGAAUAUGGGCCUUAAUCAACAUAGAAUGACAAGGUGGAUGAUUUGGACUUGACUGAUAACCAUUUUCAGUCAUUCAGUUAAUGGGAUUAUUUGUGUUCAAUUACCUCCUGAAGACUUGGUGGUGUUACUCUUGUAUGGCAUGGAAUACCUGCACAUGUUUCAGAGAAAGUGAACCUGAGAAAGUAGAAGAGUAAACUCCCUUGACUAAAUCACAAGUUGUUCAUUUUAUUUUUUUAGAGUCAUUGAUUAAACACCCAGAGAAAUGAACAACUUCACCUCUGUGACCAUGUUCUUCCUAAUGGGGUUUUCUGAUGUUCGGGAGAUCCAGAUCUCACAUGCUGUGUUGUUUUUGCUGCUAUACCUGGCAGCUGUACUGGGGAACGUUCUCAUCAUCACUCUCACAAGCAAGGAUCAUCGGCUCCACACCCCUAUGUAUUUCUUCCUGCAGAACUUGUCCUUUCUGGAUCUCUGCCUCAUUUCCAUCACUGUUCCCAAAUCCAUCGCAAACUCUCUGGCUAAUCACACCACCAUCUCAUUUCUCGGCUGUGUUUCACAGGUAUUUUUCUUCUUCCUCUCAGCCACUACAGAAGUAUCUCUACUCACAGUGAUGUCUUAUGACCGCUACGUUGCCAUCUGCCACCCACUGAGGUAUGAAGUCAUCAUGAGCCAUGGAGCCUGUGUGCAGAUGGCAGCUUCCUCAUGGGUCAGUGGAGUUCUCAAUGCAAUUCUGCACACAGCUUCUACCUUCUCCAUACCAGUGUGUGGGUCUCCUGAAAUUCGUCAGUUCUUCUGUGAUGUUCCACAACUGCUGUCCCUCGCCUGUUCUUAUAAUACUGUGGAAUUAGUAGUCAUUGGGCUCACCCUGGUGUUAGGUUUUGGCUGUUUUGUGUUUAUUGAUAUCUCUUACAUUCACAUCUUCUCCACUGUUCUGAGAAUCCCAUCCAGAGAAGGCAGGUCUAGAGCUUUCUCCACGUGCUUGCCUCACCUCACUGUUGUGACUCUCUUUCUCUUUUCUGGCUUUCUUGCCUAUUUACGACCUUUACCCAAAUCACCAUCACCCUUGGAUUUGCUGGUGUCGGUAUUCUAUACUAUGGUGCCGCCCAUCAUGAAUCCCGCCAUCUACAGUCUGAGAAAUAAGGAUAUGAAGAUGGCAUUAAAGAAACUUAAAGAGUGGGCAUUGCCCUUCAAAUUAGGAGAGUUAAUGCCACAUAUAUCAUGAUCUUUCAAUCACUGACAGAAUUGUCUGAACAAUCUGGUUGCAUAGUCUGAAUAUAAUAUUGGAUAUUUAAAGUAAGAAUUUCUGUGAAAACUCUGGUUGUACUCAUUGA